AGCAGAACAGCCGGCAACGAGCCUCUUCCAUCAUCGCCGCUAGCGCUUCCAUCCAGGCAAGGCCACAACCACUGGCGCACCUGCACCUGCUUUCCUCCACCUUCUGCCUACCUCUCCACUUGUAGUCCUGCACCAAAACUCACCACCACCACCACACCAUCCGUCGCCCGCCACCAUAUUUCUCUCUCCUCCCCACCCUCGGUUCCCGCCUUUGGACACCACAGCCCGGCACCACGCACUCGCCCUUGAUCUCGCAGCAAGGCCACGUCUUUCUCCCUCACCUGUGCAUCUUUGUACGCCCUUUUUAACCAGCCGAUCCCCCCCGUCGACCCUUGCCCGCGCGCAGAUAGGAGCUUGUCACUGAGCUCCCCGAACAGCUGUCCUCGACUGAGAUAGCCCGACCUUCGCACCCUUACCGCUCCCCCCGCAAAAUCCGUCACCAUGAUGUCCGGAGAAGCAUGGCUGUUCCUGCUGUCGGUGUUGAUCAACGCCGUCAACCUCUUCUUGCAGGUUUUCUUCACCAUCAUGUACAGCGAUCUCGAGUGCGAUUACAUCAACCCCAUUGAUCUCUGCAACCGACUCAACACCUACAUCAUCCCCGAGGCCGCCGUUCACGGUUUCCUGACCUUCCUCUUCCUCAUCAACGGAUACUGGGUCCCUCUGAUCCUCAACCUGCCUCUCCUGGCCUGGAACGUCAAGAAGAUCGUCGACAACACUCACCUGCUCGACGCCACCGAGAUCUUCCGCAAGCUCAACGUUCACAAGAAGGAGUCUUUCUUCAAGCUGGGCUUCCACCUCAUCAUGUUCUUCUUCUAUCUCUACAGCAUGAUUGUGGCUCUCAUCCGGGACGAGUCCUCUUAAGCGCCCUCGACCGAAUCUCGAACCGGUACCUGAUUCGCAACAGAGACCAUCUCUGGCCGGCAGGGCGGAUUAGGAGUGCUUUUUAGCGUGCAAAUCAACCUCAAGCAGCGCUGACUGGGCAAGUCGCGCGGCGAGGAGAGGGGAGGAGUCUGUCUGCUGAUGCAGUACAUAACGAGUGGAAGAUGGCAUAGAUUGAUGACAUUUCUAAAGAGACGGGCUUGGCGUAUAUAAGUGCUAUCAUGCCGGAUGGCGCUGUGGAUUGAUUAUUUCCUGACGGCUAGGCUGUGCUACGAGCCGGUUUGUGCGAGCUAGGAGCUUUAGUUGCCUCCUCGCCAUUUGUUCGGUCAACGUCCUGGCAUGAUAAUUGAGUAAUGAUCAAACUAAGAAAUCGCAUGCGAGAAUACUCAAUACCAG